CAGUCUGCAGGUAGUGGCUGCUGUUCCCUGGGUGGCUCUUUAGCUUGGCUACUUGGCCCUGCUCUUCUCUGGCCCCACAAAUGUUGGCUUAGGAGUCGUAGGAGCACUUCCCUGGCUUUCCUCUGCGCUCUCUCUCCCUCCACCCCAGGAUUCUUGGGGGGAUCCCCUGCAAGGGUCUGACACCUUCCAUCUGGUUGAUGCUAACAUCUGCCCAGAGCCAUCAUGCCUGAGACAGGACAGGAGAGCAGCAACCCUCCGGCCAAGGAGUCCCCCUUCUCUAUCAAGAGCCUUCUCACCUGUGAGCCCAGCAGGGCGGUGCGACCCCACAAAGCUCUCUUCACCCCCAUUAAAGGGGCCCUGGACGGGGCAGCGUUUGCCCUCUCCCCAUUGACAGACUUGACUUUUCCUCGGCUGGAGAUCCCGGCGCAAAGGUUCGCCCUCCCGGCUCAUUACUUGGAGAGAUCCCCGGCCUGGUGGUACUCCUACACCCUGGCACACGGAGGGCACACGCCGAGGACUGAAGUGCCAGACAAGAGCCUUCUGCUGGGCCCCACAUCCCCUGUGUCUGGGGGCGAGAGGGACUCCCCAGAGCCGAUCCAUCCCCUCAAAGCAGAGUUGGAGGCCAAGGACAGCGAGUCCAAGAGCCCGGAGGAGAUUAUCCUGGAGGAAAGUGAGCCUGAGGAAGGCAAGAAGGACGACAGCGGGGAGGACUGGAAGAAAAGGGAGGAGAGCCCAGACAAGAAACCCUGUAGGAAGAAGAAGACUCGGACAGUGUUCUCCCGGAGUCAGGUCUUCCAGCUGGAGUCCACCUUUGACAUGAAGAGGUAUCUCAGCAGUUCGGAGAGGGCAGGCUUAGCGGCCUCCCUGCACCUCACAGAGACCCAAGUAAAGAUCUGGUUCCAGAACCGCAGGAACAAGUGGAAAAGGCAACUGGCGGCAGAACUGGAGGCUGCUAACUUGAGCCAUGCAGCCGCCCAGCGGAUCGUCAGGGUGCCCAUCUUGUACCAUGAAAACUCAUCCAGCGCAGAGAGUGCUAGCUCUGCUGCCAACGUGCCCGUCAGCCAGCCCCUCCUGACUUUCCCCCACCCAGUGUAUUACUCCCACCCAGUGGUCACAUCAGUACCUUUGCUCAGGCCAGUGUGAGCUCUUCUACCCCCCCAUCCUCAUUGGCACCGGGCACCAGGGUAAGGGGCACCCUCCAACCCCAGCUCUGGCCGAAGGGGCACAGGACACUCCCAAAGUGUUUGUAAGUACUGAAGACUGGCAAGCCCCAGGCUACAGGGCGGGGUCAGAGUAGAUCCAAAAAAUGGACACAAAAUAGAUAAAUAAAAAUACAGAUUUCUGUUUUGUAAAGGUGAAUAAAGCGCACAGAUUUGGGACAAGUUCAUUCAAAUUGGGUGACGUUCAAUUUGCCAAAAUAUUUAUCCAACACGAACUGGUUCUGUUUCACACUUCUCUCCAUUCUCAUCUGUUCAACUGAACAGUUUCUCCGGAAAAAAAACAACUAUUUCUAUAUUUGUUUUUCUUUUUCUCAAUUUUGUUUGUCAGCAUUUCAGCCCCAAUUCCCCCCCCCCCUGUUAUUUAUUCAUUCCAUGUUUUUUUUUUUACCCUUCCACACGAUGGACUAUUUAACUUGGAAAAGACUGUACAUUUUUAAUUGCAUAUUUUGUUUUGUUUUUUUGUAAUAUAAUUAUUGGAUUGUGCAAUACGAACGGGUAGUUGUUUAUUUAAUCCCCUCAUCAGCAACAUUGACUUGGUAAAAAUGUGAGGGUAAAUAAUAAAACAAAAGUACAAUUUUUCAAAACACCACGAUGGUAUGAGAAAAUAUAACAUUUAAUUAUAAGCAAAGCACCAUUAGUGGGAAAGGCUGAUGCCCAAGGCAGAGAGAAUGGCGCUAAAAUCAGCUCAAAUGAUGUGUAUAGUUCAACGCUUUGAUAUAAGGGACAAUCAAUGAUGUAAUUUAAGUUAUUUUGUAAAUGUAAAAGUUUCCCUCAAUUGCAAGAGGUGGAAGUUUGGGCACCCGAAUGCGGUGGGAACAGACCCUUGUGUAUAGCAGAUCCGCAGUCUCCUUUACACAACGCAGUCUCUUUUUUUAAAAAAAUAAAUAAAAGCGACAAAAUAUAUUUGUUAAAUAAAUGUUUGUUGUGAAAACGAAAUAAAAUACACUUUACUUA